AUGGUUGAAGAAAUAAUUCAAAACACAUUAUUUUCAAAUAGCGGAGAGAGAUGUCCAAGUUGUAAUGCUCGUUUGUUGGGCCGACGAAUGCAACGUGUUUUUGAUACUCAAAGUUUCCCACCAGGUCGACGUUCCGAUCGAUUGAAUGCAAUUGACGAGGCGAUGCCACAUGAUGAUGACACAACAGACGAUUCCUCCGAUGAGGCUGUCAAGGGUUUGGAUGGUGUCAAAUUGAAUGAAACUACCAAAUCGAAUGCUCACCAAAACGAUUCAUCGUCGUCAGGCACUCAAACUGAUUCAAAUUUGCAAGAAAAACAGUCUGUUUCGGCAAGUUCGGUCAGACAAAGUGUUGAAUCAAACGUUGAUGAUGAUCAAUCAGCAUUGGCUGCUGAAAUCGACGCAAGUGUGGGCCCUGGUUCAAAUCAACAAGGAAAAGGCCAUUCAAGUGCUGUUGAAAAUUUGUCGGCCUCAAAAGAAGACGCUACCGCUUCGAACGAUAUCAAUUCGAACAGAAAUGCCGAAUCAAAUGCGACUGACAAGGCGAAACAACGAGAUUAUGACGUCAACGCUAUGAACGGUGGCAAUUUGAACGCAAGUACCCAAUCGAAUGUUCACCAAGACACUUCAUCGUCGUCAACCACCCAAAUUGAUACCUACUUGGAAGGCGAACAAAAUAUUCUGGAAAAAUCGGUCGCAGCAGCUGCUGAAUCAAACGGUGAAAAGGAAAAAUCAGCAUUGGCUGGUGAAAUGGAUACACAACAAGAAGAAACUGGGUCAGUCGGCGCGGAUGAUGCAUCACCGUUGCCCGCACUAAAUGACACAAUGGCAAGUUCCACAUCAGCUCAAAAAAAUGUUGAUGCAAUAAGUGUCAUCGACACAAACAUCACUUCAAGCGGACAAACGGAAAAGAAAAUGUCAAGUCAGCAAUUUCAAAUUGCGAAACACGAAAGUCAUCAGAAGGACCAUCAGCGAAGCGUGCGUGUGGUCCGAAAAAUAUAA